GAUCUGAAAGAUAAACAACUUCAACAGCAUGCCUGAACCAGCGAAGUCUGCACCCAAGAAGGGAUCCAAGAAGGCCGUUACCAAAACGGCAGCGAAGUCCGGCAAGAAGCGUAGGAGGACCAGGAGGGAAAGUUACGCCAUCUAUGUCUACAAGGUCCUGAAGCAGGUUCACCCCGACACCGGUAUCUCCUCUAAGGCGAUGGGCAUCAUGAACUCCUUCGUGAAUGACAUCUUUGAGCGUAUCGCCGGUGAGGCUUCCCGCCUGGCUCAUUAUAACAAGCGCCGCACUGUCUCCUCCCGGGAGAUUCAGACCGCAGUGCGUCUGCUUCUGCCCGGUGAGCUGGCCAAGCACGCCGUGUCCGAAGGAACCAAGGCCGUGACCAAGUACACCAGUGCCAAGUAAACUAGUUUACUAUUUACAUCCAAAGGCUCUUUUAAGAGCCACCCACAUUCUCAUCAAAAGCAAAGCCAAACUGUCACACAAGUGAGGUGAUUUUUACCCAUUGAUAGUAAAUAGAUACAUUUAUGUUGACACAAAGUUUAUCUUGAGUUAGAGUAAAAAUGCUGUGUUUGGAACAGCUGCACAAAAGAGAAAUAGUUUCACUAUUUAUUGACAUUUUAAAUAAUGGCUCCAAGGGCGCCGCCAUUAUC